AUGGGACGCAGACGUUCUAGGUCGCCCCCGCGGAGGGAACGUCGGCGUUCCAGAUCCACCUCACGUGAAAGAGAGAGGAGGCGACGGGAGCGAUCAAGAUCGCGGGAGAGAGACAGGAGGAGAAGCCGUUCUCGUUCUCCACAUAGACGACGAUCCAGAUCUCCUCGGCGGCAUAGAUCUAGUUCUGCUUCUCCUUCCCGGCAGAAAGAAAGGCGAGAUGAUGAGAAGAAGGAGAGCAAAGAUGUCAAAGGCAAAGAGCGACAAAUCACAGAAGAAGAUCUGGAAGGCAAAACAGAAGAAGAAAUUGAAAUGAUGAAAAUGAUGGGGUUUGCAUCAUUUGACUCCACAAAGGGCAAGAAAGUAGAAGGAUCUGUAAACGCUUAUGCUGUAAAUGUCUCACAGAAACGGAAAUACAGGCAGUACAUGAACAGAAAAGGCGGAUUCAAUAGGCCCCUGGAUUUUAUUGCCUGAUCUCUCUGCAGUUGUUACAGAUAAAAAAAAACUCCUUCAUUCUAGUCCCUUCUGUGUGGCUAAGAGGUUCCAUCUUCUCACCCAAAAAGGGAAUCAUUUUUGCGGAAAAUUCCUUGAAGCUACAUUUCCUAGGCUGAGAUGGUAAUUUUUUUUCUCUUGAAUGUGUGUUUUGCACAAAAUGCUUUCUCUGAUGUUGCUAUUCCACAUUUGUACGUUUCUGCUUUUAAAUAUUGUCAGUUAAAUUAAAAAAGGAACAUCUUGAUUGUC